AUGGCGUUUCGGGGUGGCCGCGGGGGAGUUCGUGGAAGUCGUGGAGGACGCGGAGGUGCCCGAGGAGGUGGCCGUGGUGGUGGCCGAGGAAGUUUUCGUGAACUCGAGGGUCCGCCCAGUUUUGUAGUCGAACUGGGGUCCUUUAUGCACGCAUGCGAGAACGAGAUGGUUUAUAAGAGCAGUAACGACAAAGUGCCGUAUUUUAAUGCUGGUGCCUUCCUUGAAAACAAAACACGAAUUGGCAAGGUGGAUGAGAUCCUCGGGUCCAUCAACGAAGUUAUGUUUACGGUCAAGCCAGACUCGGGUGUUUCAGCCUCUUCUUUCCAAGCUGGAGACAAAGUUUACAUCAGUCCGGAUAAGCUUCUACCACUAAGCAGAUUUACAGAAAAGCCCGGUAAAAAACCUGCAGGUGCCGGUGGACGUGGUGGACGAGGAGGUGCCCGUGGUGGACGCGGUGGAAGUCGAGGUGGAGGGCGUGGUGGUUUCAGUGGACGUGGAGGUGGACGCAGUAGCUUUGGAAGUGGUGGUGGUCGUGGAGGAGGAUUUGGCGGACGUGGACGUGGAGGUGGUCGAGGAGGCUAUGGAGGCCGAGGUCGCUAUUGA